AUGGUUCUGGUUUUCCCCUCCUCCUCCUCCUCACACGCAGGGCCCAUUGCUCACCUCUCUCUGAAGAGGAACACUAGGAAGGCCCCAGCUCUCCUGGGCCUGCCGGCCCCAGUCACAGUAGAGAAUGGGAACUCAGGUCCUGGUCCUGUGGUGAGGCGGUCCUGUGAGUUUGGAUCAGGUGGAUCGGAGCUCGUCUGGCAGCAGCCCCCCCUGGAGAAGCAGGGUCAGUAUCCCACUAUCCCAGACCGUGCAGGGGGGCAGUGAGCCCCUCCCUGCCCUGCUCUAGCCGCUGCCCCGCCCCCAUUUGCUUUGUGAUGAUCAAGUGUGGUGUUCAUUGGCAAAGUGGUGUCUUGCUCUAACUACAGUUGUGUGAAAAGCUGGGAGAAGAUACGUGAUGCUAACCCAUGGAUAGCUUUGGCUAAUGAGUACUGUGAUCAUAUGAAGCUGAGUGUGUGGAGUACCCUUUGUGAAUGAGAGCUACGGUGUUGAUGGAAAAUCAACAAAUAUUGCAGGAAACCGGUAAGGUCUAGAAAGUGGUGUUGGUGCCCGUUCUUUUUUGCUUUCAUGGCUGUGAAAUACAUUAUUAUUAUUUGCUGGGCAAGUUAGGAGAUGGCAUGUGUUCAAGAAUGCUUUUUGUCUUUGACACAAAGCAGAUGGAUGGUUGCUCCAGUUGUGUGGUGGUGCUUGUUUUAAUAUGUAUGCUCUGUUUGCUUUUAGACACUUUCUUGCUCUCCCAAUCUCUGAGUUUUUUUAUUGGGUAGUCGGGAGGAUACACUUUGAAUCUGAACUUUAGGCAGGUGCCACAUUGUUUUAAGUAGUUUGUUUCAAAUGCCCUUUGAGAGGUACUUUUCAGUGCCAAAACUCUGCUCGAUGCUUUAAGAACCCACUGAACCAGCAUUGAAGAAUGCCUUGAUUGAACCCAUCCGUUAUUCCAACAGUCACUAUUUGGCAGGGAGAGUGAAUUAGUGAAAUUAGUUGUCCCUCCGUUUGUAUCUAACAACUUGAGAAAAUAAAAGUAUUCUAGAAUCCCCCAGCAGGAAAACAAAGGCCUGGUCCAGACUAUAAUCAACCAAUAAUCAAUGUUUGAGAACACCACAGAACCAUUAACAUCAUUCUGGAAGGGUUCCUGUCAAUGAGAAUUUCUAUCUCUAAUUCAACCUAAGCUUGAAUCAUUACCAGAGGUUGUAAGGCUCUGGUUUUAAUCAUAAAUGAUUCAAGGUCCACAACCAGCAAGAUUGAUCUGAAUUUUUAUUCAUGGAGAGCUCUGGCGCCAAAACCCAUACACUCCUGUUUUAUACCCCUUGACACACAAAGGCACUUUGCUCCGCCCACCUUUAGGAGGCUUUUUUUAACCCGUUUUCUCAGUCCCCUUCACCCUGGAAUGUUUAGUCCCGCCCCCCUCUGUUAGUGGGUUGCCACUACAUUAUAACUCUAACACCGUUCACACAUUUAUACUGUAUUUGGGGUGAAAUCCUUUAGUCAUUAUUCUUAAAAUACAAAUUAAUCUAACAGUUCCCAUUCCUAAUGGAAUGACGUUUUGCAGUCUAUGGUUGAGUUCUACAUUGCAGACGAUGCACCUAUCCAUGCGUUGUGAGAUAUGGCAUGCGUCUGCAAUGUAGUCAGCCUGGAUUGCAGCCUUUGUGACGACCCAUAGGGAUUCCAUUGCAGUUCAGUGUGUCCUUCUCCACCUGCCGUAGUGUACUGUAGUCUAGCUGUCACUGGAUUCCCUAUAGCUCAUUAUUUCUGUAGGUGUUGAGCUAUAAAGGAGGAGGGGAGGAUACAACUCAAUAUUAGGAAGGUGUUCUUAAUGUUUUGUACACUGUGUAUAGUCCCAAAUGACACCCUAUUCCCUAUAUAGUCCACUAUAUAGCGCUGGUCAAAAGUAGUGGAAAGGGUGCCAUUUGGGACACAGACCUUAGUCUCUCACUGAUAGACAUAAGGACUGAGUCUCUCGCCAACAGAUAUUCUGGCCUGCUUAGUACUGCUGGCCAGUGUCUGUGUGUCUGUCUAUUCACUCUGGCUCAGGUAAACAGAUGUUAUGUACAAAGAGCACCCCUUCCUACAGUUGAAGUCGGAAGUUUACAUACGCUUAGGUUGGAGUCAUUAAAACAAGUUUUUCAUCCACUCCACAAAUUUCUUGUUAACAAACUAUAGUUUUGGCAAGUCGGGUAGGACAUCUACUUUGUGCAUGACACAAGUAAUUGUUUACAGACAGAUUAUUUCACUUAUAAUUCACUGUAUCACAAUUCCAGUGUGUCUGAACUUUACAUACACUAAGUUGACUGUGCCUUUAAACAGCUUGGAAAAUUCAAGAAAAUUAUGUCAUGGCUUUAGAAGCUUCUGAUAGGCUAAUUGACAUCAUUUGAGUCAAUUGGAGGUGUACCUCUGGAUGUAUUUCAAGGCCUACCUUCAAACUCAGUGCCUCUUUGCUUGACAUCAUGGGAAAAUCAAAAGAAAUCAUCCAAGCCCUCAGAAAAAAAUGGUAGACCUCCACAAGUCUGGUUCAUCCUUGGGAGUAAUUUCCAAACGCCUGAAGGUACCACGUUCAUCUGUACAAACAAUUGUACGCAAGUACAGUGGGGGAAAAAAGUAUUUGAUCCCCUGUUGAUUUUGUACAUUUGUCCACUGACAAAGAAAUGAUCAGUCUAUAAUUUUAAUGGUACGUUUAUUUGAACAGUGAGAGACAGAAUAACAACAAAAGAAUCCAGAAAAACACAUGUCAAAAAUGUUAUUUAUUGAUUUGCAUUUUAAUGAGGGAAAUAAGUAUUUGACCCCUCUGCAAAACAUGACUUAGUACUUGGUGGAAAAACCCCUUGUUGGCAAUCACAGAGGUCAGACGUAUCUUGUAGUUGGCCACCAGGUUUGCACACGUCUCAGGAGGGAUUUUGUCCCACUCCUCUUUGCAGAUCUUCUCCAAGUCAUUAAGGAUUCGAGGCUGACGUUUGGCAACUCGAACCUUCAGCUCCCUCCACAGAUUUUCUAUGGGAUUAAGGUCUGGAGACUGGCUAGGCCACUCCAGGACCUUAAUGUGCUUCUUCUUGAGCCACUCCUUUGUUGCCUUGGCCGUGUGUUUUGGGUCAUUGUCAUGCUGGAAUACCCAUCCACGACCCAUUUUCAAUGCCCUGGCUGAGGGAAGGAGGUUCUCACCCAAGAUUUGACGGUACAUGGCCCCGUCCAUCGUCCCUUCGAUGCGGUGAAGUUGUCCUGUCCCCUUAGCAGAAAAACACCCCCAAAGCAUAAUGUUUCCGCCUCCAUGUUUGACGGUGGGGAUGGUGUUCUUGGGGUCAUAGGCAGCAUUCCUCCUCCUCCAAACAGGGCGAGUUGAGUUGAUGCCAAAGAGCUCGAUUUUGGUCUCAUCUGACCACAACACUUUCACCCAGUUCUCCUCUGAAUCAUUCAGAUGUUCAUUGGCAAACUUCAGACGGGCAUGUAUAUGUGCUUUCUUGAGCAGGGGGAUUUCAGUCCUUCACGGCGUAGUGUGUUACCAAUUGUUUUCUUGGUGACAAUGGUCCCAGCUGCCUUGAGAUCAUUGACAAGAUCCUCCCGUGUAGUUCUGGGCUGAUUCCUCACCGUUUUCAUGAUCAUUGCAACUCCACGAGGUGAGAUCUUGCAUGGAGCCCCAGGCCGAGGGAGAUUGACAGUUCUUUUGUGUUUCUUCCAUUUUCGAAUAAUUGCACCAACUGUUGUCACCUUCUCACCAAGCUGCUUGGCCAUGGUCUUGUAGCCCAUUCCAGCCUUGUGUAGGUCUACAAUCUUGUCCCUGACAUCCUUGGAGAGCUCUUUGGUCUUGGCCAUGGUGGAGAGUUUGGAAUCUGAUUGAUUGAUUGCUUCUGUGGACAGGUGUAUUUUAUACAGGUAACAAGCUGAGAUUAGGAGCACUCCCUUUAAGAGUGUGCUCCUAAUCUCAGAUCGUUACCUGUAUAAAAGACACCUGGGAGCCAGAAAUCUUCCUGAUUGAGAGGGGGUCAAAUACUUAUUUCCCUCAUUAAAAUGCAAAUCAAUUUAUAACAAUUUUGACAUGCGUUUUUCUGGAUUUUUUUGUUGCUAUUCUGUCUCUCACUGUUCAAAUAAACCUACCAUUACAAUUAUAGACUAAUCAUUUCUUUGUCACUUGUCAAACGUACAAAAUCAGCAGGGGAUCAAAUACUUUUUUCCCUCACUGUAUAAACACCAUGGGACCACGCAGCCGUCAUACCGCUCAGGAAGGAGACGCAUUCUGUCUCCUAGAGAUGAACGUACUUUGGUGCGAAAAGUGCAAAUCAAUCCCAGAACUACAGCAAAGGACCUUGUGAAGAUGCUGGAGGAAACAGGUACAAAAAUAUCUAUAUCCACAGUAAAACAAGUCCUAUAUCGACAUAACCUGAAAGGCCACUCAGCAAGGAUGAAGCCACUGCUCCAAAACCACCAUAAAAAAGCCAGACUAUGUUUUGCAGCUGCACAUGGGGACAAAGAUCGUACUUUUUGGAGAAAUGUCCUCUGGUAUGAUGAAACAAAAAUAGAACUGUUUGGCCAUAAUGACCAUCGUUUUGUUUGGUGGAAAAAGGGGGUGGCUUGCAAUCCGAAGAAUACCAUCCCAACCGUGAAGCACGGGGGUGGCAGCAUCAUGCUGUGAGGGUGCUUUGCUGCAGGAGGGACUGGUGCACUUCACAAAAUAGAUGGUAUCAUGAGGAAGGAAAAUUAUGUGGAUAUAUUGAAGCAACAUCUCAAGACAUCAGUCAGGAACUUAAAGCUUGGUCGCAAAUGGGUCUUCCAAAUGGACAAUGACCCCAAGCAUACUUCCAAAGUUGUGGCAUAAUGGCUUAAGGACAACAAAGUCAAGGUAUUGGAAUGGCCAUCACAAAGCCCUGACCUCAAUCCUAUAGAAAAUGUGUGGGCAGAACUGAAAAAGCGUGUGCGAGCAAGGAGGCCUACAAACCUGACUCAGUUACACCAGCUCUGUCAGGAGGAAUGGGCCAAAAUUCACCCAGCCGAUUGUGGGAAGCUUGUGGAAGGCUACCCGAAACGUUUGACCCAAGUUAAACAAUUUAAAGGCAAUGCUACCAAAUACUAAUUGAGUGUAUGUAAACUUCUGACCCACUGGGAAUGUAAUGAAAUAAAUAAAAGCUGAAAUAAAUCAUUCUCUCUACUAUUAUUCUGACAUUUCACAUUCUUAAAAUGAAUGGUGAUCCUAACUGACCUAAGAAAGGGAAUUUUUACUAUGAUUAAAUGUCAGGAAUUGUGAAAAAUAUGAGUUUAAAUGUAUUUGGCUAAGGUGUACGUAAACUUCCGACUUCAGCUGUAUAUCAUUAGCAUACUUGUGCUGCUGGUAGGAAUUGCAAUAUCAAUAUUUUUUUUAAACAUGUUUAGUCAUUUAGCAGACGCUCUUAUCCAGAGGGACUUACAGUUAGUGAAUGCAUACAUGUUUAUUUUAUUUAUUUAUUUAUUUUUUCAUACUGGCCCCCCGUGGGAAACAAACCCACAUCCCUGCCGUCCAAACCCUCCCCUACCUUGGACGACGCUGGACCAAUUGUGCGCCGCCCAUGGGUCUCCCGGUCACGGCCGGCUGCGACAGAGCCUAGACUCGAACCAGGAUCUCUAGUGGCACAGCUGGCACUGCGAUGCAAUGCCUUAGACCACUGCGCCACUCGGGAGUCUGGAGAAAGCAUUCUGGCAGUAUCUAGACUUGACAGUUCAUGCAGCUUUAGUAUUCUGAUCAUAGAGUUCUGAUCAUGGAAUUCCGAACGCGUCAUACACCUACAUUUAAAUGUGUCUACUGUGCCCACAGUGUGUCCGGAUUCCCUAUUCCCGCGCUAUAUUCAAAUGCCAGUAUGCAAACAGUGGAAUAGGCUAAAUAAGAUAACACAACAACAACUGAUGGCAGUAGCUAACUAGCCAGCUAACCUCUGUAGGUAGCAAGCAACACCAAAGGGAUUGCAAAUGGGUUAGUAUAACUCUAGCCAAACAAAAAAUAGUUUUUCUAAAUAUUAGCUAGCUGGCUAGAAUUUAUGAGGACAGCAAACACGUUCCUCACACGCUAGGAACGUAUUUCCUCCAACGUUAUAAUGAAAAGGUGCCUCGGUCCUGAUGACUUCGCCCACUGUGUGCGCUUUCAGUAGCCUGAUUGUGUCUAGACUGAGGAGAAAUCUGCAUGCAAUGCGUCCCUGACCACCCUCUGAAGUGGUCAGCCUGAUCUGAAAACAAUCAGGCCAAACCCUCCCCUAACCCGGAUGAUACAGUGCCUUAGACCGCUGCGCCACUCGGGAGGCCGGUUUUUAAGCAGCUACAGCUUCUGGCUUAUUCUGACAGCAUUCAGAGAGCGGGAGGGAGAGGGAAAGAGGGGGUAGAGGGUAAAAGACUGGUAAAGAGAGAGGGUGAGUGGGGGAAAGAGAGACGGAAAGAGAAGGAGAGAGAAAUGGAGAGGCUAAGUGGGAGCGGCAGUAAUGUUGUCUUUGGUCUAACAUUAUCAAUGUGAGUCUUGUUUAACCUAGUGGGCACUGGAGGACUUCCUCUCUCUCAUUUAUCUCUUUAUCUAACCUCACACGGACACUGGUGGUGAGAGCGUUAUAUCUGCGUCCCAAAUGGCAUCCUAUUCCCUAUAUAGUGCACUACUUUUGAUCAGAGCCAUAUGGGAAUUGAUGAAAGGUGAUGAUACAUUCUUUGUCCAUAAAUAAAUAAAGCUAAAAUCAGCUUUGGGAAGCUCUUAUCCUAUAGGCCUAUGGGCUCAAUAGUGCACUAAAUAGGGAAUUCAGUGCUAUUUGGGACACAGCCUUAGGCAUCUUCAUCUUCAUCUAACAUGAUGAAUUAUCACUGAAAGGAAGAUUACUCAUAGCAGACAGUAUGACAGUCUAUGAAUGAUAUUGCUCUCAAAUACUUGUGGUUACCAGCCCUUAUAGAUGGGUGCUAUGGCGGGCUAGUAGUGGUGUUUGAUCCAAUUUAGCUUAUGUAUGGUCCUUGACUGGGGCGCUAGUGUCUUGCAGUGGAAAGCUGAGAGAUUGAGAUGGAGUACUAGGAAUGUAAAGGAAAGACAGUGAGGAAAAUUCCUUGUGGUUUCUCUGUCUGGAAUGAUAUUACACGCUAAUCCACUUCAAUCAGAAUCUAAAUCUAGCAGGGAAAAAGUCACGGCUGAUGCUUUUUGACAUUGUCCAGGCGGUAUGACAGAGAGAAAAUGUGAAUUCACGGCAUGAUUAGACUUUCAAAAACAUCUGGCAUCUGAGAAGUGAUACAUGUCAAGGAGUGGGAGAGAGAGAGUAAAAAUGAUUACUUUUUUACAGUGAAUUGAAAGAUAGAUGUCACAUAUGGGAUGUCUCAGAGAGAGGGAGAGGCGGAAGUGUUGCAUCAAUUAUGUUAUGUUGAAGCAUUUGGGGGAAUUAUGUUAUGACCAGGGGAUUGAAGUGGGGCGGUAAUGAUUACAAAAAAAACCUGCAGCUCCAGUACUGGACUUAAAGGGGCAAUCUUGGAUUGGUACAUAUAUUUUUGGACUGAAGAAUAUAACUUGUAAAUUCCUUAAUGAUCAUAAGCUUUGUUCAAUUUGCUUACCCCUUCGGAACCCAAACUAUAAACUUGUUUUACCCCAUCUCUCAGCUGUUUACCAAAAACGUAGUGGGUGCCUGCUUUGUUUUGUUUUAAUCCGAUAUUGCCCCUUUUAUCACAACCUGACUUAGCGGCUGGUGGCCUGGGGACAUGUGACUGUCAGCUUGGACAACUUAAUUCACAGCAUUAGUUUAUUUGACAUGGUUGUCAUAGAUCUUUUUAUAUGUUACGGUGUGGUCCCACACAUUCAACCUCACACAUGUAGCAGAUAUGUAUGUGAAGCUAUAGGCCUAGAUCACAAAUUUAACAUUGCCAAAACUUGGGAAAGGGAAAGGGGAUACCUAGUCAGUUGUACAACUGAAUGCAUUCAACUGAAAUGUGUCUUCCGCAUUUAUCCCAACCCCUCUGAAUCAGAGCGGUGCGGGGGGCUUCCUUGAUCGACGUCCACGUCAUCGGCUCCCGGGGAGCAGUUGUUGUUGGGGGUUAAUUGCCUUGCUCAAGGGCAGAACAGCCUUUCGGUUACUGGCUCAACGAUCUUAACCGCUAGGCUACCUGCAAUGAAUUUCAAAGGCAGCACUAUGUUAGGUAAAACUAUGUUACACAAUGUUAGGUAGCCAAGAUUUGGUAGUAGAUCUAUCAUCUUAGAUAAAGUUAAGAUUACAUUUUCAUAAAGAUGAAAAUAGUUUUUGGGUGGUUGCAGAGUUACAUCCCUCUUGUGGAGUGGAUGUACUUCGGGGUGUUAACUUUUUAGUCUUCAUACACCUCAAAUCUGUUUUCAAACGGAGGGAGUUCAAAGGAAACUAGCUAGAGGGGUCCUUGAAUGCAAAUGAGGUGACAUUAAACACUUUUCUCUAUGAUUUUAAAACAGAUUAGUUGAUAAGGGCUGAGGUCUAUGGAAGGACCAAGAGAAACCCAGCACAGCAGCAUAUCAAUCACUCUCCUUCCUCAGAUUGACUUUUACGGAGUUAACCAUUGUCUAUGUCUGUCUAUUCUGCAUCCGGGGACACCUGUUUGGAUGCAUGCGCCUCGUGACCUGACUAACCCCUGUGGCCCACCGCCGUCUGUCUGUCUGUGUGUCCUUGGACCCUUGCCCUCGUGCCUCCUCCCGUCGUAGGUUGCAUCCCAAGUGGAACCCUAUUCCCUAUAUAGUGCACUACUUUUGACCAGGGCCUAUACGGAUAUUGUAUGUAUGAGCCGUGUUCAAAAGUAGUGCACUAUAUAAGGAAUAGAGUACUGUUUGAGAGGCAGCCCGACCCUUCCCUCACUGUUGUGCUGGCUUGGCUGUGGCAGCCUAUGGCAGCCUGUGGCCCUUGUUUAGCUAUAGGGCUGAGGGCUGGGGGGACUAACAGUAACAGGCUUCCUUCACCUUGCCUCUCCUCACGUCCAGAGAAGAACUCUGCCCCUCCAGAUGUUACCAGCUACACCACAGACUCCAUACAGGUGGAGAGACCGCAGGGCUCCACCACAGCAUCCAGAGCCACGCCCAAGUACGGCAACGCAGAGCUCAUGGAGACCGGAGAUGGUGAGUACAUACAGGGGUUGGGGUAGUGUGUGUGUCCAUGAAGGUGUGUGUGACCGUAACGGUGUGUGCGAGUGUGUGUGACCUAAAUUUGUGUUCAUGGUGCGUGUCUUUCUUGACAGUGAUGGGUAUUUUGGGGUCAUGUUUGUGUUUUUCAUGUGUACAGCCCUUCUUUGUUUUGAAAUGUUAGUGUCAUGGUAUUAUGUCAGUUUGUUUUAGGAGCAGCAUGAAAGAAAAUAAGAUCCGAUACAUAAUGUUUUACAGAUAUAUGCCUUUUAUGGUUCAAUUUGGUUGUGAAUGGAACGACACAAGAAUAACUAUUUUCAUCAUCUUUUAAUUUGAUUUAUUAAGUUUGGCGUCACAUAACUUUUCAGUUAGAUCUGCAACAGACACCAGAAAUUACUUAAAUAUGAGCAGUGAAAUUCAAACUCCCCUUUUUACACAGACGCAUCGCUCACAUAUAUUGAUUUACACUUCUCUCUUUGAGCACAUGACCUUUGAUGGCUCACUUUUGGAAGCUUUCUUUGACACAUCAGAGGUUAUUCAAAUCCUUUGAGGAAGUAGAAUAGAAUGCAUCUGACUCUUGAAACGCAAACCCAAAAUGGAUUCUGACAUUUGUUCUGAAUGAGCUCGAGUCAGAUGAUGGAGUAUGCCAAUGUGGGCCUCUCUGCUAUUUUAAUUUGUUCUCCUGAGGCAUACGGCAUCGCGCAGACAAAUCUGUUCAUCAGAUGCUCCAGUCAAUAGUGCUGAGGAAUAGAUUUGUUGAGCACACAGAGCACACGUCGUCGAGAGUCUGCUUGAUAGAUCAAGUUUCAAGCUUUACAGAUGGGGUUUACUGGGUUACUACGCUCAUGGAGGCUCUGGAAAGAACUACACCUGUCUCCUUAACUUCAGUACCAAGGCCAAACUUGUGUUUUGAGAUUUAAAAUGUUUAGUAUUUAGUUUUUUUGCUAUUUACUUGUUAUAUAUAGCCUAACAAAGUUCACGCAGUGACCGUGCUCGGGGAGAACAGAAAACCAGCAGGCUCUGGACCUCAUAGGAUAAGAGUUGGUUUAUACUUUAAAAUUUGAGGGACAGGCUUGUGUGUGUGUGUGUGUGUACCACUUUUCUCUCCCUCUGUCUUUGUGGCGUGUUUAGUGCCGUGGGAAGACGUGUCAUUGGAGAGAAAUGGCCAGGGGGAUAGUGUCAUUGGAACUUAAGCAGGGGUAAUAGACAGUAGAGAAGACACUUUGGAUAUUGCCCAGUGAAGUGUGGCUGUCUCCUCUCAGAAGACUUGGAGAAGUGGCCUUGCCAGUCCAAUUAGAUAUAGAAGUUUCCAUGAAGUAUAGACGUUUCUAUGUGUGUGUAUUGAUCUGUGUGUGUGUUAACCCCUACAGGUGUUCCAGUAGGUGGCCGAGUGUCAGCCAAAAUCCAGCAGCUAGUCAACACGUUGAAGAGACCCAAACGGCCUCCCUUAAGAGAAUUCUUUGUUGACGAUUUCGAAGAACUUCUAGAGGGUAAGAGGGCAUCCAUCCCAUAGGGCUCUGUUCAAAGAUAAUGCACUAUAUAGGGCACAGGGUGUCAUUUUGGACGCACCCAAGACCUCUGAAGGUUGAUUUCUGAAUGUGUAAAAACUCUGAAUGAAUUUGCUGUUGCAAUACAUUAUUAUAUUGUUACAGGUUAUAGAAAAAGUUAUUAAUUGAAAACCUCUUUGCUGUGUUACAAUCUAAAACAUUGCGUUGUUCCUGUGAUGCUCCAGUACAACAGCCUGACCCCAACCAGCCCAAAGCGGAGGGGGCCCAGAUGCUGGCGAUGAGGGGGGAGCAGCUAGGGGUGGUCACUAACUGGCCCCCGUCGUUGGAGGCUGCCCUGCAGAGGUGGGGCACCAUCUCUCCCAAAGCCCCAUGCCUCACCACUAUGGACACCAACGGAAAACCACUGUACAUUUUAACCUACGGUAGGUGUUAUGUCCGCACAGUACGUACAGUGCGUCAUUCACGUGAGAUGUUAUUGUUAGUGUUUGACUCUCGGGUCAUUCUAUCAUUCAAACUUAACAGUAAGGACACAGCCCGUUACACUCAUCUAAAGGAUUGGCUCGUACGGCACAUGAUUGCUAUUGAAACACUAAAGACAAAUCACCAGAGAGACAGCAAUGAAAGUGUGUUCUAUAACAGUAAUGAAAAUGUCCUCUUCUCUUCUAUAAUGUUGAACUAUAGCUUUGCCUUCCAUAAUAAUACCAUGACCCAGCCAUCCAGGACUGUUUAGUUAUUCUGUGAGUGAAGCAGCAACACUUUUACUGUUGGAUAUGUUAACGAUCCACUCAGAGACGCUCCAUAACUGUGAUUGAUUCCAUGGGUACAUUCCAAAUGGCACCCUAGUCCCUAUAUUGUACACUACUUUUGACAAGAGCCCUAUGUGCCCUGGUCAAUAGUUGUGUACUAAAUAGGGAUUAGGGUGUCAUUUGGGAUACAAAGCCAUGCGUGCUGCAGUGGAGUACUCGGGAGGGUUUCGUUUUGAAAUGCUGCUUCAUGCUUAGUCUUCCUACCAACCUUAUUAGUACAGACAAGUACCAAACAAUACUGUUACCUGCCGCUGAAGCAUAUUAAUGACAGCCACAUGAGGAACGCAAAGUACUUUAUGUGGAAAAAUACUAAAUGUGCUGUACUGUGGCACAGCACUGGUGCAGCGAUUUAUUGUAGUCAUUUCAUUUACAUAUACAUUUUAGUCAUUUAGCAGACGCUGUUAUCCAGAGCAUACAUUUUUUGUAAUGGUCCCCCGUGGGAAUCCAACCCACAACCCUGGCGUUGCAAGCACCAUGCUCUACCAACUGAGCCACACAGGACCACCACAUUUCUAAUUUCCAUAGCUAUUUAGUUCAGUGGUAUAAUACUUUCUCUCACUUAGAGGUCUUUAAGUUAAGUGUAUUGUAUUACAUUUAAAAUAUGAAAAGUUAAAUCCACUCAGUGACUAUAUAGAGGAAUGUAAUGCAAUAUGUUUGCAGCCCUACAGUGUAAUACUGUGACACUAGACACUCAGUCUACUCCUCUCUGCUUACUUAGAUUCAGGUCUUUGGUCGAGGGGUGUACAAUUAUUUGGAGAGAAAAGCUCUGCCUCAGUACACUAGCGCUUAUGAAUUUAGAACUUCUGGGGAGGGACCCCUGUGAAGCUGUGAGAAUGAAAUUACAUGUAGGAUGCAUCCCAAAUGGCACCCUAUUCCAGAUCUCUUGGUCGUGGUCAAAAGUAGUGCACUACAUAGGGAAUAGUGUGCCAUUUAUAGGGGAUAGUGUGCCAUUUGUGGUGCAACCGUAGACACCAUGUCCCAGCUCCCCAACCGCUGCUAACUGAGUCAUGGAGACAUGACUGGCAGACAGGCAGCAUCCCCCACAGGAAUAACAUAGUCUCCAUCCCAAAUGGCACCCUAUUUCCUAUAUAGUGCAAUACUUUUAACCAAGGCCCAUAGGGCUCUGGUCAAAAGUAGUGCAGUAUAUAGAAAAUAGGGUGCCAUUUGGGACGCAGGCAUAAAACCCCAGUCAGUUAGCACCAUCAUGCAGCCCAAACCAGGCCUCAAUGGAAAUAGUGCAGUGUCUGUCAGUCUGCACUGUCGGUGUGAACAUAUUGAUUUAUAAAGGGAGGUGGCUGAUUGGACAGUGCUCACCAGACUGUGAAAUGUCUGCAGCCAGCCUACCUUGUGUCAGGAGCCUAGCGUCGAGGUCCAGCUCUCUGGGAGGGAAGAGACAGUUGGUCGGGUGAGAGAGAGCUACUGGGCCCUGUGCUGUGUGAACAACUCUCUGUCUUCAGUGUGCAGUGCUGAAUCUUAAUCUGACUCUCAGAAGUUAACUUCGAGUGAAUCUUCGUCUCUGUCGUCUCUCUCUCUCUUUCUCACUCUUUCUCUCUUUCUCGCUCUCUUUGAACUCUAUCUCUCUGUAGUCUCGCUACUCUCUCUCGUGCUCUUCUUACUUUACCCAUUUCUCUUUCUACUCUCUCUCUCUCUCUCCACACACACUCUCUCUACUCAAAUUCAGUUUGCUUUAUUGGCAUGAAAUACAAUUUGUAGAUAUUGCGAAAGCAGUAUAGUGGUACAGCAUUUCAGUACAUACAGUAAAAUGCAAUGAGGAUAAUGAAAUACAAUUAAUUUCAGUAGUAAUAAUAAUAGUACAUACAGUAUAAUCAUGUACAGUGGGGAAAAAAAGUAUUUAGUCAGCCACUAAUUGUGCAAGUUCUCCCACUUAAAAAGAUGAGAGAGGCCUGUAAUUUUCAUCAUAGGUACACGUCAACUAUGACAGACAAAUUGAGAAAAAAAAUCCAGAAAGUCACAUUGUAGGAUUUUUAAUGAAUUUAUUUGCAAAUUAUGGUGGAAAAUAAGUAUUUGGUCACCUACAAACAAGCAAGAUUUUUGGCUCUCACAGACCUGUAACUUCUUAUUUAAGAGGCUCCUCUGUCCUCCACUCGUUACCUGUAUUAAUUGCACCUGUUUGAACUUUUUAUCAGUAUAAAAGACACCUGUCCACAACCUCAAACAGUCACACUCCAAACUCCACUAUGGCCAAGACCAAAGAGCUGUCAAAGGACACCAGAAACAAAAUUGUAGACCAGCACCAGGCUGGGAAGACUGAAUCUGCAAUAGGUAAGCAGCUUGGUUUGAAGAAAUCAACUGUGGGAGCAAUUAUUAGGAAAUGGAAGACAUACAAGACCACUGAUAAUCUCCCUCGAUCUGGGGCUCCACGCAAGAUCUCACCCCGUGGGGUCAAAAUGAUCACAAGAACGGUGAGCAAAAAUCCCAGAACCACACGGGGGGACCUAGUGAAUGUCCUGCAGAGAGCUGGGACCAAAGUAACAAAGCCUACCAUCAGUAACACACUACGCCGCCAGGGACUCAAAUCCUGCAGUGCCAGACGUGUCCCCCUGCAUAAGCCAGUACAUGUCCAGGCCCGUCUGAAGUUUGCUAGAGUGCAUUUGGAUGAUCCAGAAGAGGAUUGGGAGAAUGUCAUAUGGUCAGAUGAAACCAAAAUAGAACUUUUUCGUAAAAACUCAACUCGUCGUGUUUGGAGGACAAAGAAUGCUGAGUUGCAUCCAAAGAACACCAUACCUACUGUGAAGCAUGGAGGUGGAAACAUCAUGCUUUGGGGCUGUUUUUCUGCAAAGGGACCAGGACGACUGAUCCGUGUAAAGGAAAGAAUGAAUGGGGCCAUGUAUCGUGAGAUUUUGAGUGAAAACCUCAUUCCAUCAGCAAGGGCAUUGAAGAUGAAAUGUGGCUGGGUCUUUCAGCAUGACAAUGAUCCCAAACACACCGCCCGGGCAACGAAGGAGUGGCUUCGUAAGAAGCAUUUCAAGGUCCUGGAGUGGCCUAGCCAGUCUCCAGAUCUCAACCCCAUAGAAAAUCUUUGGAGGGAGUUGGUCUGUGUUGCCCAGCGACAGCCCCAAAACAUCACUGCUCUAGAGGAGAUCUGCAUGGAGGAAUGGGCCAAAAUACCAGCAACAGUGUGUGAAAACCUUGUGAAGACUUACAGAAAACGUUUGACCUAUGUCAUUGCCAACAAAGGGUAUAUAACAAAGUAUUGAGAAACUUUUGUUAUUGACCAAAUACUUAUUUUCCACCAUAAUUUGCAAAUAAAUUCAUUAAAAAUCCUACAAUGUGAUUUUCUGGAGAAAAAAAAUCUCAUUUUGUCUGUCAUAGUUGACGUGUACCUAUGAUGAAAAUUACAGGCCUCUCUCAUCUUUUUAAGUGGGAGAACUUGCACAAUUGGUGGCUGACUAAAUACUUGUUUUCCCCACUGUAUACAGAUACAACACUACUGCUGGUGUGUAGUAUUUGGUCAAUAAAAAUCAGAUUAUAAAAAGAAAAAGAAAGAAUGUCAACAACAUGUACAUGGAUGAUGGUUACAUUAUGUAUUACUUGUAAGUUAUAUACAAUGUAAAUACUUCAGAUAAUUAAUGGUCAUCUGAUGUCCCUCAGGCUAUGGCAAUCAUAUACAUAUCUGGCAGUAAUAUUUGCGGUUUCUCCCUCACCCAGAAUAAUUCCCAGCUUUAUGUUAUUAGUAAAUACACAACAUUUUGGAAUACCCCUUUCUCUCUUUCGCUCUCUAUCUCUAUCUAUCUACACUCUACUCUCUCUCUGCUAUCUCUACUCUCUCUCUCUCUCCCCUUGCUGUCUACUCUCUGCUCGUUAAUUCCUCUGGUUUCUCUGUGAUGCUUCAUGACAAAGACAAGGUCAUUUUGCUUACAGCGUCAACUCAUACUUGAUAGCUUUAUCGAAAUACAGAUAGGAUUAAUUCCUCCUAAUGAGUGUCUCUGGGUCCAAAAAAUACUGUUUUUUAAUUACAUUAAUUUAUCAUCCAGAAAUUGGCUAGUUAAAUGCUCACACUGCACUGCAGUUAAAUAUUGGGAAUUUAGUCAAUAUCUAUCCCAUCCGCCUUUACAAAUGAGUACUAUGUAUUGUAGAUAGAAUGGUAUCCAUUUAAGCCGUCCUUAGAUAAAUGAAAAAUAAAUAAUUGCAGAUUAGGAUCAUUUAAUUUAACGAUGGGCCGACUAGAGAUCACAGCAGCAUGAUAGAACAACAUUUCCCUCCAGUACUGUAUCCCAAAUGGCACCCAAUUCCUUAUAUAGUGCAUUACUUUGACCAUAGCCCUGGUCAAAAGUAGCGUACUAAGUAUGGGAAUAUGGUGCCAUUUGGCCCUAUGUAAUUUAGAUAUACAAUUACUGUUGACUGGGGUGCUUCUUUACGUGAUCAUGGAAACAUAGCGCUCCGUAUCUAGGAAGGUAAUAUUCUCCAUUAUUCACUGUCUAUGGUCCAUUAAUAAAGAUAAUGAUGAUUAUGCCUAAAUCAUGCUGUAUGCCCUCAUUAGUUUAGCUCAAGCUCCCAAGCCAAGUAGUUUAUGUAAUAAUCCAGUUUUUUUUUUAUUCCAGAGGGAAAGCUAUCUGAAACGUUUUAUUUUUCUACACCUUCACAAGAUGUGGGCUGAGAAAUGUCUAUCCACACAGUAGAUUGAAUUAGUAGAAAUCCACUGAGCUUGUAGAGCUGAGAUCACCUAGAGAUCUCUGAGAGAAAGAAAUGCCAAACUGACAGAAAGAAAAGUCGCGUGUGCGCGCGCACACACACACACACACACACAAACCUACCAAUGUUCAGGCAAACCAGGAGUUGGGUGUGGUGUAAACACAGUGUAGGUAUGACACGGCCAAAGACUGACUCAUCACUUCUCAGGGUGCCAGGUCUGAUGUCACUGAGUCCCCAUGUCACCACUGAGUCGGUUAGUCAGCCCUCAAAGGAAAGUCAGUCUGUCUCAAAUGGCACCCUAUACCCUAGGGCUCUGGGGGAAAAGUAGUGCACUAUAAAGGGAAUAGGGUGCCAUUUGAGACAGAGUCAGGACCAGUCACACAGAGACACACUGUCACCACGUUACCUCAGAGGCCUCCAAGGAACACCCUCAGCUCGCUCUUCCUCUCAGCAUCUGGAGAAUUGUUACCGUAACCAGGCAGAUCAGAGCUGGGUCGUAUUCAUUAGGCACCAAAUGGAAGAAACAGGGAGAAACUACCUGAACUUGUCCAAUAAGAAAUGCUCAUUUUUGUUUUCCAUUGCAUAACAUUUUAAAACAUUUUGUUACGUUGUGCUCUAAUGAAUACAAUGCCGGCAAGUCGUUUGCUUUCUCACUGAUAUGAGUACAAAUGCUUUUUCUUCAAGCUUUAGUCAGUUCUGAGAAAUGUUAAAUACUUGGCUCAAAAUAACGUUUAGUUCACCAUCCAAAAAGGGAGGUUCAAGUUACCUGCAACAUGAUUAUUAUUACCAACCAAUACAACUAGACAUCCCCAUAAACUUGAUUGUCUUUUUUGUGCUUUUCAAUCAUUACCUAUUCAAGCAGCCUACUUUGUAUUAUUUCACAUGCUGUUCUUUCAUGUGCUCUCUCUUCUUCCUCUUGAGGUUGUUUGGAGUGGGUCUAUAACAAUAAUGCUGCCAUCUUUGCCCUGGUCCAUAGCCUCUGAAUCAGAUCAAUAACCAGUGUUUAUUUUGAUUUAACCAUGUAGGAAAACUUUGGUUGCGGAGUAUGAAGGUGGCCUAUAACAUCCUCCACAAGCUGGGGAGCAAGCAGGAACCUAUGGUCAGACCUGGAGACCGGGUGAGUACGUGGGGGGGGGGGGGGGUAAUCGAUAACGGAGGGAGAGAGGAAGGAAUGGAUGGAGGUGGGGAGAGAUGA